AAAGAAGCAUCAUGGCCAAUUGCACCAGCAACAAUAGAAGGAAAUCCACCAAAGAAAAGUCUUCAAUGCACGAGAUAUUUGCGUUAUAAUUCACAAGGAAUUUACACACAUUAUGAUUUAGAAUGCGCACGAAAAAAUGGAUUGAAAGUAACAUUAAUGAAUAUAUCACCAAAUGCGCUUAUUUACGAAAGAAAUAUACGUAUAACAGGAAAAAACAUGUUUGGUGAAUGGGGUAAUAUAUUAUAUAACAUUAAGAAAGAAGGAGGAAUAGCUGGAAAA